AGAAUCUGUACAGAAAAUAGAUUUGUAAGCUGUAUUAAUUAAGCUAUUAUUUAUCUAUAUAUGUUUACAUCGACUUUUUAUUCCAAACAACCUAGUUUAGAUACAGUGACAUGCUAGUAGCUAACUGAAGCUACACUGCAGUGAGCUGUGCUAACAAUAUAAACUAGUUGAGUUGUGUUACCAUGGUUGUCAUUAACAGUGAACAGUCAGCUUUGCAUUCUUUAACCACAUAAACUUAAGAUGUCUAACAAAGAAGUGAAGGUGGCGCUGAAAAGUGCCAGAGAGGCCAUUAAAAACAAAGAGUUUAAAGAAGCCCUCAAACACUGCAAGGCUGUAUUGAAACUUGAGAAAAACAAUUAUAAUGCAUGGGUGUUCAUUGGCUUGGCAGCCAGUGAACUUGAACAACCAGAUCAGGCACAGACAGCGUACAAAAAGGCAGUGGAGCUGGAGCCUGAGCAGUUACUGGCAUGGCAGGGCUUAGCAAAUCUUUAUGAAAAGACUGAUCAGUGGGACUUCAAAGCUGAGCUUCCCAAUGUCUAUCAGAAGCUAGUUGACCUAUACUCAAGCUCAGACAAGAGCAAAUGUUAUGAGAUGAUCAAAAAGUUGUCAGACAUCUAUCAGUCUGACAAAGAAUACUUAAAGUUGGCAAAACUUUGUUGUCAGCUCAUUAAACUUAAGGAGGAAGAAUCUGUGGAGAAGAAAGAGUUGGUGCAGCUGUGGCAGCAGAUGACCCACGUCCUCUCCGACUGCCUCAGUGAGGAAGAGCAAGACAAUGAAACUCAACAAUAUUUAAUCACAGCAUUUGAGAAGGCCUUGGUUCUCGCAGAUCCUGUACCAGGAGAAGAACACAGGAAGGCUUCAGCUGACCUUAUCAAAUGUCUUUCUAAAAUGCCAAAAGAAGAAGGUAAAAUGAAAGAAGCAUGUGAGACCAUGCUGUCCCUUUACCCCAAGCAAAGUUAUCCUCUUGAGGUCCUUUGUUCUCACUACCUCACAACUGAUAUCCUGAAUGAAGACGCAAUCAGUUGUUUCUCUCGGCUCCUGGAUCUGAACCCUGGCAGUGGGUUAGGUCACUUGGGUCUUGGCACUAAAGCACUUCAAGAUGGAAGGUAUAAAGAUGCCAUUAAGGAUCUUGCACAGGGGUUGCAGAAAAUGAACUCCAGUGCAGGAUGGUGCAGUCUGGCUGAAGCUCAGCUUAAAAUGCACAGAUACUCAGAUAGUGCUCUAUCAUGCUCUAAAGGUCUUAAUAUGUGUCUGUCUGGAGAUAAAGAGCUAAUGACAAGACUCCAGAGGUUGAGACUAGAGGCCUUAGCCAGGUGUGGAGACAAGAAGGCUGCUGAUCAGGCUUUGGAGACAUUUUCACAGAUUGCAGAUGCUGAAAAAGACCCCUUUAUUGUGGCCUUGAAAGGACGUGCAUACCUCAACAAAGGACAGGUUGAUGACGCCCUUAAGGUGUCAACAGCGCUGAUGGAGUCUCACCCUAACCUGGCCCAGGGUCUGGCACUGAAUGGACUGGUAUACAUAGCUCAAGACCAGCAGAAGUUAGCAGAGCAAAGUUUCUUGAAGGCUGCAGGCCAAAGCCCAGACUGUGGAGAGUAUUACUUCCUGUUGGGAUGGCUCUACUGGGACAUGGGAGAAGAGACCCGUAAAGACCGCAGCAAAGCCCAUACUCAUCUUCUCAAGGCUGCAAAGUUAGACCCAAACCUUGGUUGUGUUUUCCGCUACCUUGGACAUUAUUAUCGAGAGGUGGCAAAUGAUCGUAACCGGGCUCGAGGCUGCUACAAGAAAGCAUUUGAGUUGAAUGAUGAUGAUGCUGAGUCUGGCGCUGCCUCAGUAGACCUCUGUAUGGAACAGAAUGAUAUGGAUGCUGCAUUAGAAAUUCUUCAGUCGGUGAUACAGAAGGCCACCCCAGGUUCGGCUAAAUGGGCCUGGAUGAGACGAGGGCUUUACUACCUGAAGGUUGGACAACAUCAGCAGGCUACAGCAGAUCUGCAGGCAGCAUUGAGAGCAGACCCUGAGGACUGGGUGUGUUGGGAGUGUUUAGGUGAUGCCUAUCUGAACCGCAGGAGUUUCACAGCUGCCUUGAAGGCUUUCAGCAAGGCCCAUCAGCUUCAGCCCUCAUCCAUCUACAGCGUCUACCAGGCGGCUGCGAUUAAACAGACCCUGGGCAAGUUUAAAGAAGCUGCUGCAGAGUACAUACAGAUUACAGUGCAACAGGACUAUGUUCCUGCUCUGAAAGGCCUUGGGGAGUGCCAGCUAUCUCUGGCCAGAAGUUUAAUGGAGGACUGCAGAGAUGGAGGAGCCAUAGACCUCAUUCAGCAAGCCAUACAGAAUCUCUUUAGAGCAGUGGAGCUGCGUCCAGACUUGUCCUGUUUGUGGAAACUACUUGGUGAUGCUUGCACUGCAGUCAGCAUUGUGUCUCCAAGCAGAGCCCAGGUUCUAGUUCCAGCUCUGCUGGCUGGUUUAGACCCCAAGGCCCCAAAUCAAAUGCUGGACCAAGCCCAAACACUCAAAGUUGGUGAGAGGUGUUAUGCUCAUGCUUUGAAGCUGAUGCCCGAGGCUCCCAGUCUUUGGUAUGACCUUGGCCUGAAUUAUCACAGACAGGCUGGCUCAUCCUUUCCCACAGACAAGGACCAGAACUCCCUGUCAGAGCUCCUUGAGAAGGCCCAACAGUGUCUGAAAAAGGCCAUCAUGAUGGAUAGUGGAAACCACAGCUACUGGAACUCCCUUGGUGUGAUUUCUGUGAGCAAAGGCCUUGAGAACUUUGCUCUGGCUCAACAUUGUUUCAUCAAGUCCAUUGAAGUUGAGCCAAAUAAUGUUGUGGCUUGGACCAACCUUGGUACACUUUAUUUAAGGAAAGACAAUAUAGAGCUCGCACACGAGGCCUUCAAGAUUGCCCAGUCCUUGGAGCCACUUUAUGUCAACUGUUGGAUUGGACAGGCGAUGAUAGCGGAGAAAGUUGGAAGUUAUGACACCAUGGAUCUUUUCAGGCACACCACCGAACUCAGCACACAUAUGGAGGGAGUGAAAGGUUAUGCCUACUGGGUGUGUUCCACUCUGCUGGAUAAAAGCAACAGAGACUCUGAACUGUACCGUUACAACAUAGUUCAGAUGAAUGCGAUCUCUGCUGCUCAGGUGGCAUUGAGCAAGUACACAGAGCGAAUCCAGUCUGACCCGGACGCCUUCAUUAUGCUUGGCUACCUGAAUGAGCAUCUGCAGCUGAAGAGACAGGCCUUGCAGGCUUACCAAAGAGCCGCAGAACUUUUGCAGUCUACGCCGUCCACUGAACAACUAGCUUUUGCUCUGGGCAGUUAUGGCCGUGCCUUGUGUACCUCAGGUCAGUGGGAAGAAGCUGUGCAAGUUUAUAAAUCUACUCCACUCCAAGAACUCAGCGACUUGGUUGGAGUAGCUCUUGCCUACUGCAGAGCUGGACUCAUCCCAGAAAGUAUCAAUGCCUAUGAAUGUGCCUUGGCUGUGACCUCCAGUGAGAAGGAGAAGGCUUAUAUUUUGACAGCUCUGGCAUUGCUGCAGCGCCGACAGGGCAACAUAGACUCAGCCAAGACUCUGCUGUUUAAAUGCUCCAUGCUAAAGGAGCCAAUUCCCGAAUCACUACUGUGCCUAUGUGCCCUGGGUUUGGUCCAAGGUGAUGCUACGCUGGCUGCUGCUGCCCUUACUGAGCUGCUGAAGCAAGGCUCCGACUCUGGGACGGUUACAGAGCAGCGAUGUCUGCUUACAUGCGCCCUGCUGUCAUUGCAGGGCAACUACAGUGCUGUGCAGAGAGAGGCCUCCAGAGCUGUACACAAAAAUCCUGGAAACCCAUCGCUCUGGGCCUUGCUGUCCAGACUUGUACCACAAUACUGUCCCAGAAAGGCAAAUGGUGGAGCAGUGGCUGGCCAUGUUGCUUGUCUCUCCAGUAUGACCCAAGGAAAGAGGGCGUUGUUGUACAGUGGAGUGAACCAGCUAGCUGGUGGGAGACACUCUGGAGAGGAUGGUCACAGGAAUGCACUGAAGACAAUGCAGAGAGCUGUGCUGCUCUGCCCUGAUGAUCCUGCAACAUGGGCAGGAUUAAUGGCAGCCUGUCACACAGAAAACACUUCCUGCUACCUUUCUGGCUCUGCUCCUUGUAGAAAAGGACUAGAGCAGACCCUCAUGUCAGUGGUGUCUGAAAAAGUGCGGAGUGUUGAGGAAAUAGAGCGUCCUCUGGCCCAGACCCUAGAAGGUUGGGUGCUACAGCAGGCAGUGACUGGUCUGGUGCUGGGGGGACAGCUGGAACAGGCAGAGGCCCUCUGUUCACAGGUGCUGAGUGUUUCUCCAGAACAUCCAGCAGUGAUGCUGGCACUUAGACAGGUUCAGUGUCAGCGCCUUCUUUUGGCUGAAGGUACUAUUCUCCCAGACACUGUGCUGGAGCAGCUCAACAGCGCUGUAAUGACGAACCCCACCAACAUAAAUGCAUGGCAUUGGCUUGCAGAGGUUUAUCGAAGCCAAGGCCUUUUGGUCCAGGCGGUUAUGGCAUAUAGACAGAGUCUACAGAUUGCUUCACAACUCAGCCUGCACAGCAGCCAGGUCAGCAGCCUGCUCCGACUGGCUCUACUGGCCCUUGGAUUGUGUAUGGCAGGUGUCCCAGGAAAUGACUGGAAGGACCUGGCACUCGAAGCCACAACUGAAGUCUUGAAGCUGGGCUCAUUCCCUAUGGCCCUACUCUUCCAGGCCCUGCUCCAGUAUGUUACCAAGAUGGCUGCUAGGGAAACCAGGCGUUUAUUGGAAAGGCUGGUUUACGUGCCAUGUCAAGACUUCCCUGUGACAGUUGUGCAGGUGGCCAGCUGGUACCUCCUCAGACAUCUGAAGUCCAAAAAUGAUGAGGAGCUUUUGAAUGUCCUUUUGGAACAUGCCAAAAAGAAUAAGGAUCAAAGACUGCUUGAGUUUCAUUCACUGCUCGCCUCUUCCACAUCCUGAAUUACGCCAGAAUCUCUACAAACUCAUACAGCAACAAGUCUACCUAAUGCCUGAAGCCAUCACUAAUGCAACUUUCUGUGCCUCUUUGCUAAAUACUGUAUGAAAUCAUGUCAGAUAUCAUGAGGCUGGUAUUGAGAUUUAUUAAUUCACUUACAUCAUGAUCAGUUAAAUAAAUCAGUCAUAAGUGUUGAUUCAGAACAUACUUAAAAUGAAAUAACCAAAACCAAGCAGAAAUAAACAACAAAUUGCUCAUUAUAUCAAAAAUGUCUCUUGUGAUUGCAUCUUUUUUUCAUUGCAUAGUAGAAGUUAAAGCUAUUGGAUAACAUUGUAAACAGUACAUUGUUGAACAUUAUUUCCACACAACAGUACAUUUGUCCUUCCAAAAACUUUGACAAAAAGUUUGAUGAAUAUCCAGCUGUAACUGUGUUGCGGGAGUACAGUGUUUCCUUUACAGAAUGAAAUGG